CCUCUGACGCUGGAAGUUACGUCACGUUACGCCGGAAGCAACAGCCUGGCAACUUUUGCGGUGUUCCCAAAGCAACCAAAUGGUCAUUUCAAAAUAUUUCGUAAUAUAUUAAAGGAUACCAGACGGGACAUCAUUUGAGGAGGAGUCGGAAGUGUAACAGCUGGUGGCAAUAUCACUCCGGAUGGGAGCAACCCGACAAUAAAUAGAAGAAGAAGCAGCAACAGGAGGUUGAGCUGGGCGGACAUGGCGGACGGCAGCAGGUUACCAGCUUUCAAAUAAACGCCAGUGAAAGCGAAACCGAGGACUGAAAGCGGCUACUUUCAUUUAUUUUUAUGUUACAUGGAUAGACACGGGCUCCCCAGGACUGUGAGCUCUCCACUGUAGCCUGCAUGGCGUCCACUCAAGCCCGGCUAGGCCAGCAGGCCUUAGCGGUGCUUGAUGUGGCUUUGCGAGUUCCCUGUAUUUUUAUUAUCGACGCCAUUUUUAACUCUUACUACGACCCUGGUUCGGGAUGGGCCGGGGCGAUGGGAAAGGUGUUGGUCAGAGUCAUGGGUGUCCUCAUCUCCAGCAUGGUGCUGCUGCUCUCCCAGAAAGCCUUGUUCAAGUUCUACACCCUCUUCUUUGCUGUUCUCCUCGGCAUGGCGGCGGUCCUCAUAAACUACUACGCCACCUCCCACAUAGACUUCUACAGCGCCUACUACAAAGCGGCACUGGGGUUCAGAUUGCUUCCCAGAAAUGGGCCGACGUUGUGGCUGGGCAUGGCCGCAGUCCAGCUUGUCUUUGGUGUGAGCUACGUGUUCCUGCUCAACCUCCAGUCGGUGUUCGCCGCACUGGUGGUCCUGGACAUCAUGAUUCCUUUGUGGGGGCUGAUGAUUGAGCUGCCUGCAGACGUCCGGCAGCUGGUGGCUGUGUUCUCGGGCCUUGUGCUGGCUCUCAACACAGCUGUGUGCUUGGCCAUGAGGCUCAAAUGGUUUUACUACUCGUGCCGGUACGUCUACCUGCUCGUACGGCACAUGUAUAGGAUCUACGGGCUUCAGCUGCUGCUAGAGGACACGUGGAAGAGGAUCAGAUUCCCAGACGUGCUGCGGGUUUUCUGGCUGACCCGGGUCACUGCCCAGGCGCUGAUCCUGGUCUAUGUGGUGCGAGCGGUGAGAAGGGAGAGCGGAGAUGCUACAGAUGGGGGCUCCGACUCACAGGGUUACCUGCUGAGCUGGGACGUGUUCUGGGAUCUGACCAGUAACCUGAUCAUCUCUGGCUGUGAUUCUAUGCUCACCGUGCUGGGGAUGAGUGCUGUCAUCUCCUCUGUCGCACACUACCUCGGCCUCAGCAUCCUGGCCUUCAUAGGUUCGACGGAGGAGGAGGAUAAGCGUUUAGGCUUCGUAGCUCCUGUUCUGUUCUUCAUCUUGGCUCUGCAGACCGGCCUCAGCAGCCUGGACCCUGAGGAACGCCUGGUCCGCCUGAGCCGGAACAUGUGCCUUCUGCUGACUGCCAUCCUGCACUUCAUCCACGGCAUGACCGACCCUGUCCUAAUGUCCCUGAGCGCCUCCCACGUCUCCUCUUUUCGCCGCCAUUUCCCCGUCCUGCUGGUGUCCGUGGGGCUCUUCGUGCUUCCGGUGGUGCUCAGCUACGCCCUUUGGCACCACUAUGCCCUCAACACCUGGCUCUUUGCUGUCACCGCCUUCUGCGUAGAGCUCUGCCUCAAGGUGGUGGUGUCACUGACAGUAUACGGCCUCUUCAUGGUGGAUGGCUUCUCCAACGUCCUGUGGGAAAAGCUGGACGACUACGUCUACUACGUGCGCUCCACAGGCAACAUCAUCGAGUUCCUAUUCGGCGUCAUCAUGUUCGGAAACGGCGCCUACACCAUGAUGUUCGAGUCGGGCAGCAAGAUCCGCGCCUGCAUGAUGUGCCUGCACGCUUACUUCAACAUCUACCUGCAGGCCAAGAACGGCUGGAAGACCUUCAUCAACCGCCGCACGGCCGUCAAGAAGAUUAACUCCCUGCCGGAGAUGCGCGGGGACCAGCUGAGGGACAUCGAGGAUGUGUGCGCCAUCUGUUACCAGGAGUUCGCCACCUCGGCCCGCAUCACGCCCUGCCACCACUACUUCCACGCGCUGUGCCUGAGGAAGUGGCUCUACAUCCAGGACACGUGCCCCAUGUGCCAUCAGAGAGUUUACGUCGAAGAUGAGAGCCGAGACAGAGCUGCCUUUUCUAACAACAACGGGGGCUACGCAGCGCCGCAGGACGUUGCUGCUGAUGCCCCACCAGCACCGGGGGACAACCAGCAUGGACACCCGGACGCCGAGCUGCCGGCCGAUGGCGCGGCAGCCGGUGUCCAGGCUGCAGGAGGACCCGGGGAGCUCGACAAUGAGCUGCUGGAGGACAAUGACAGCAUAGAGUAUGACGAAGAUGAGUGGGGGACUCAGAAUGGCAGCACGCCAAUAGAAGAAGACUAUAUCAAUGAUGACACAGACUCCACCGAGGACUGACGGGAAGAGAUCUAUAGAAAUAAAUAUACAUAUAUCUUUAUUAUAUUUAAGUUAAAAAUUAUUAUAAAACACAACAGCAUCUUAAUUUGUUCUCGAACAAUGUCAGGGAUGUCAUGCUCCUUUUCCUUGUUGGUUUCUUUUUGUUUGAUUUUGAGUUUGGGUUUUACUCUAUAAGGGCUCAUGGAAAGAGUAACUGCUGCUCUCAUUCUGUGUGUGUGUCGAGAGUAUGUGUGUGUGGCGGGACUGCAUGAUGUAGACCUAAAACUCAGACUGUUAUUGUUUCAAAUCAUUUUAUGCCCAAAUUAUUGGAGAUUCUGAGUCUGAGUCUUGCUAUGUGAGCACAGCUGUCUCAACAUGGUUUAUUUCCCAAUGCCUCAAAGCUGAUGCGCAUGAGUAGGUUAAGUACCAGAUUUUCUGCAGCACAUAUAUUCUGCACAGCACAAGCCUGCCUUGUUAAGCACGCUGUGGAAAUAUUUCUUUCCAAAGAAAAAGAAGAAAGUCACAUCACGACUUUCUUUCGAUUUUGUCACUUAUGCAGGCCCAAUGAGUAUUUGUACGUGUGUGUAAGGAGAUGUGUGAUUUUGUGUGUGUGUGUGUGUGUGCCUGCCGACAUGCAAUGUGCUUAGACGAUGUCUUAAAGAUGCAGUUCAUGUUCCCUCGCAGUGUAAAGGGAAACGCUGGAGUGUUGGCUCAUUAAUGACAAAACUGUGGAACGACUAAUCAAAUUCCAGCUUUAAACAAUCUGCAAGUCAUGUUUUUGGAGGUUGUAGAAAAAGACGUUUCGAGUGCAAAAACACAUUUUUGUGUGCUUUUCCAUUUUAAACCUGUCGUUAUUACUUUUUCCAGCUGUUUUUAUUUUGCCAAACAGUAAUGGUCUCGGGAUUUACUUCUCUCAUGCGUCUCUGGCUCGCUCAAAACAUUGAUUGAACUGGAUGUUCUGGCCUCACUCGCUCAUUAAAUGUUUGUUUUACUAGAUCAGCCUUGAGUGUUCUCAAAUCCUGACUUGCAGAUUGAUCACAGCUCAAGUUUGUUACACACUUGUUCAAUGUUUUUGUCUUUUACUAACCCUAACCGUGUAUUUGUGAACUUGUCCAGAGAGCGAAUGAAGGCAGGAGAGUGAAGCAGUUUUCUAUCAACUCUGCGCCAACCAGAGAAAAACUGAGAGGUGUGUCUGAUUUAAAAAGUGACUUGCUACUGUAAUCACUGAUAUACCUCUAUCAUUACUUACUACUGGUCUCUUGUGUGACCUCGCCUACAUUUGUGUACGUUAUUGUACAUAUAAUAAAACAAACAUGUGCACACGUUCUCCCUUAGGAUAAGAGAAGAUUUUUGUUCUUUUAAUAUUGCAAAUUUACACAUUUUCUCUUCAAACAAAUCAUUAUUUAGUUCGAUUAAAUCCUAUAAAAGUACUUGCAUUAAUUUCAAAAGAAAAAAAGAAUCAUCCUUAGUUUGUCCGUUUUAAGUCAUGUUGUAAGAGCAGAUGUCAUUUUUGUUCCCAUAAGAGUGGUUGUAUUUUUCAGUAAAUGCACAUUUUUUGUUUGUAAUCACUGGUACAGUCAGACAGGAGCUUUCUCCUUCUGUCCAACUACAGCUACAAGAAGCAAUGUCCUACUGAACGCUCGUUCAAAAACUACUGGAAUGAAAGAACGAACCAGAAAAUAUUUAAGAGCCAUGUUUUCACCUUUUUUAGAUCAUACAAGUCGGCCAAUACAGAUCCCUCAGCUACUACAGAGGUCUUUAUUGUGAAUUUGUGUUAAAACGCUUUAAAGCACAACUCGGAGUAUUACAUUGUUUAGACUUCCACAGCCUGAACGUCUUUAAGGGUUUGACUACAAACUCGUGUUCAUUACUGUUGUAAUUAAUGCUCGCGGAAAAUAAGAUGCAAGGAAUCCAUGAAGUUCUUGUUGAUGAAGAGAAAGAUGGGGUCUAAUCUGAUUAGAAAGCUGUGCUUUUUGACAUGUUUCAGCUAUGAAGGACUUUGAUUAUUAGUUUGAUUGUUCUGAAAGCUUUUUAAAAGGUAAAAGCUGUUCAUUUUGCCUUUUGUUUUAAAAAGAGAUUUAUGUAAAUAAAAUCAUCUUUGAUAUUG